AUGUCUUCUCAACAAAGUCCACCGAAUAAGGUGGUUGUUACUUACUAUGAUCCGUCCAACUUAUGGCCCUCGAUCUCUCCACAACUACGGCGGCGCUUACCACUACGAAACCUCCAUUGGAAAAGCGCAAAUCGUCCCUUACGCUCCAUACAGACACUCGAUGUAGCACUACUCCCGUACACCUCCUCCUCAAUCGACGAGCAACAACACCAAAUCGCGGGAGUCGGGUUACUCGACAAACCCUACCUCAACAUCUUCUUGGUGCAAUGCGAGGAUAACGACGUUUAUCGAAGUACAGUUCGGACGAGCAUCCGGAAUUGGCUUAACGGGGUCCUGGCGAAGAAGAACCAGGAGUGGUUGAUCGUCCAUGUCGUACCCAACGCAAUCGAAAGUCUAGCUACCACCAAAUCACCACCCUCAUCCGGAGCCCUUCUACGAAUUAAGGGAAGCGUCUACGAUAAGAUCAGAGCCGACUUCAACUCCUCCAAAAAAGACCGCUGUAUCCAACUUCGUCUCUCCCAAUCCUCCGCUGACCUCGCCAGCUCCGGCACAGACGAAAUCGAAAUGUGGCAGGAUCUCACGUCAAAGCUAAAGGAAGGGAUACUUAUCGCGUUUGAUCAGCGCGUAACGCAGUAUGAAGAUGAUGUUAGGAAGUUGGAUGCGCAGCGUACUAUGCCGGGGUGGAAUUAUAAUACGUUUUUUGGGGUGAAGGAGGGGUUGGGACGGAGUUUUGAGGAGAUGGGGCUGUCCGAGGAUGGGUUGGUUGUGUAUGAUGAACUUGAAGCUUCUUUUUUCUUGAGUUUGAGCGAUAAGGAGGGUGAGAUGUGGGGGACGAGUGGGGGGUUGCCCGGGGUGGGGGAUGAUUCUGCCUCCGUCCUCGACACAGAGCGGAAGAAGUACAGGGAUCUGAUUUUGCAGAAUACGAUCACCACUUUUGAUUUUAGAUGUUACCUCUUUGCGCGACAGUUUGCGUUACUGGCAAAACUCGGAAACCCGAUCGCACAACUCGUUCGCGCGAAGGACUUCAUUGUCGGUGUGGGGAGGAUGUUGUCUUGGGCGGGUAUGUCAGAUGCGUUUGUCGAGAGUUGGAUAUGGUGCGCCGCCUCCGAGAUCCUCGAGGCCUGUGUCCCCAUCUCCGGGGCCGGGAUGGAUGGUGGGAGAAUCAGAGCACUCGCUGCGGCGAAAGGUGAUUUAGUGGUGUUGAAGAGGACCCAAAUCGACAAAAUGGGACUGCGGGCGGGGCUUUUACCGGAUGAGUGGCCUUGGGCGGGGAUGGGUAUGGUGGAGUUGGAUGAGAAGGAGGGGGAGGAGGAUAAAUUUGGGGAGGUGAGUUGUGAAGAGUUACUUGAAGUCAUCGAGGAUCGGGAUAAGUUCUUUGAGCUUUAUCGCCGGACGAAUCGGGAGGCGUUGGAUGAGCUUCAGCGUGGGGGGAGGACGAAUACCGCCGAUAAAAUACUGGCAGACACGGCCUGUACAGAGUUUUACCUCAAGAAUUAUGCGGAGGCAGCGAAGCUUUUGGAGAGGUUGCCGGGGGUGUAUGAGAAGGAGGGAUGGAGUAAGAUCUCGGGGAUGUUGUUGAGGAGGUAUGCGACUUGCCUACAAAACAUCGGGAAGGAUGAGCAAUACCUCUCGGUUUGUUUGAAGUUGUUGACGUAUAAGUUGGAAAGGGAGGAUGCGGUGCAUUAUCUGGAGGAGGUGAAGAGGUUGAGUAAGAGUGUGGAGGAGACUGUCGUUGCCCACCUCGAAGGGAUUUUUGAGUUCACGAUUCCGACACGGGCGAGGGGCAGGGAGGGGGAGGAUGGGUUUGAGGUUGCGGUCCCGGUGAGGAACAGACUCGUGGAUGGAGUUGAGAUCGACAGUGUGGAGUUGGUGAUGGUGGAUGUCGAGACGAGGAAGACAUCGAUUACGUUUACAUGCGGACGGCAGGAUCUCGUGAAUGGGAAGAAUGAGAUCGUGUUGUCGAUGAAUGUCAGUCAGGGGGGGGAGUACGAGGUUACGCGACUGGCGGUGGCGAUCGGGAAGGUCGUUUUGUCAACGACGAUGACGGAGGGGAAUGGGAAGAAGCUGCGUUUGUAUCCGUCGCCUCAUACCCUGAGCGCCAGACUGGUGGCACCAAGACAUGUGCAUCUCGACGCCCUGAAUCGAUGCGUAAUCGAGCUACGGACUGGGAGGAAUGAUGUCCAGAGCGGGAAGAUUAGUGUGCUGUGUCGGACGCCUGGGGUUAGGUUGUUGAUGAAAGAUGCAAGUGUUGUUCAUGAAGAUUCUACGGCUGAGGUUGAGACUGAUUUGUCUCAGCCAAACGUGAUCUCGUUCGCCGCAGUCUCGGCGCAGCAAACUAUCCGCUUCAGCUUCCCCUACGCCUACGAUGUCGACCUCUCCUGCGUGACAGCGACAAUCUCGGUUUCGUAUACGACUCCCACGGGAACCUUCACUUCCACCUCCACCUCCACAAUGGAAGCCCGUCUCCCUCUCGCCGUCAAUGUGCAUGACCUCUUCAAAGCACAUACACUCUUUUCCAAAUUUUCGAUUUCGUGCGCGAAUGGGCCGUUGAGGAUUUUAGAGGCGGGGUUGGAGGAGAGUGAGGAAUUUGCUGUGGGAAGUGCGCCGAGAAAGGGGACGGAGAGAGGCGAUGUUGUGUUUGGGAGUCAUAGUGCAAGUUAUAUGUUUCGGAUUAGUAGGAGGGGGGAUGCGAAGAAAGUGAGUGAGGCGCCGGCGCCCUUGAGCUUGAAGGUUAGGUUUAGGACGUUGGAGGAUGAGCUUAGGUGGGCACGGAGACAAUACCUGCGGAAGUUGUUGGGAGAAGCAGGGUUGGAGAAGGUUGCUCAUCUGUUCGUGAAUGCUCUGAAUGAGGUUAGGGUUGAUGACGGCAAGGCGACUGAGUGGGCUUUGAUGGAGGAGGUGAAGGGUGAGGAGUGGCAAUGGGCGGAAUGGGAUUUAUUGAUGAAUGAAGUCGGGAAGGAGGAACGGGAGAGGCUCAAGGACGCAUUGGAGACGUUCACGAAGGCCAGGAUUGAGGUCACGGACGAGAUGAAGGAGGGAUUGCCAAAUCUUGAGCGGACGAUUGAGAUUCCGGUGGAUGUGCCGGAGCCUAGGGUCGUCUUUACGGCGUUGUUGGAGUUGAGGAAUGAAGUGGAUUUGGAGAUUGGCGCGCCUGUUUCUGCCGAGUUGACGAUUACCCGCGAUUCAUCAUGGGGUUCAGACGAGGAGUUUGCCCGUGCGGCGAUCGACUGUCUUUACGAAGUCCAGGUUGACUCUGAAGCCUGGCUACUUUCUGGGAAACGCAGAGCAGGGUUCCUGCUCGAUGGAAAGAAGACUGAAACAUUCUCACUGUUGUUGGUGCCGCUCAAGUCAGGGCAUUUGAUGUUGCCUACAGUGGAUGUGAUGGUGGUAAAACCUGAAGGAACGAGUUGUCAGGUUGAUUUUACGCCGGCGGAGGUUAGAGUCCUGCCUACUGUACGGUCGACGAGCGUUGUUUUGGGAGGGGAUGUUCAGAUCCCCGUCGGAGCAUAA